AGACUCCUUCAGCGAAGCCAGGGAAAGAUGCUGCUAAUGCCGCUGCCGCCGCCGCCUCCCCUCUUCUUCCUUUGGCUGCUGCCUGCUCUGCGCUGACUGGAAAGAGACUGUGAUGAAUGCCCGCCGGCUCCUGCUGUAGCUAAGCUUGCCCGGCCUCUUGAUCCGGCUCCCCGCCUUGAGAGAGAAAGAGAGAGAAGGGAAGAGAGAGAGUUAGAUUGCUGCCUCUGCUAUUACCGCCGCUUUUACUUGGGAGACAACAGCCGGAGGGAGAGCAGUACAUGCCUCCGUGUAUAGCUUGGUUAUUCCCCGGAUCAACCAGCUCCUUCGCCGCUUCCUGGUCUCAGCCAAGCCGGCCAAGUCCAAUCAUCUAUCUCACCCCGGGCGCCUCGCAGCCUGUGCCUGGUCUGGCGCCUCCGGGGUGUAUGGAAACGGCGGCAGCCCGCGAGGCCGCUGCUCCAUGGAGUGUUAUUACAUUGUCAUCAGCUCCGCGCAUCUCAGCAAUGGGCACUUUCGCAACAUCAAGGGAGUUUUCCGAGGUCCCCUCAGCAAAAACGGCAACAAAACUCUGGAUUAUGCUGAAAAGGAGAAUACGAUAGCCAAGGCUCUGGAAGACCUUAAAGCUAACUUUUAUUGUGAACUCUGUGACAAACAAUAUUACAAACAUCAAGAAUUUGACAAUCACAUCAACUCCUACGACCAUGCACAUAAACAGAGGCUCAAGGAGCUAAAGCAGAGGGAGUUUGCUCGGAAUGUAGCAUCCAAAUCAAGAAAGGAUGAAAGGAAACAAGAGAAAGCUCUUCAACGCUUACACAAGUUAGCUGAACUCAGAAAAGAAGCUGCAUGUGCUCCGGGAAGUGGUCCCAUGUUCAGAUCCACCACGGUUAUGGUCCGAGAUAAUUUUAAUGAAAUUCCUCAAUGCGGUCUCAUUGACUCUGCCAAAAAGGAACAAGACUUCAACUUUGCCCUGCUGCACAGUUCGAAGACUGCUAGCAAUGUUUCAUCUGUUGCACCACUGAUUCCUGAAACUCCGGCUAACAGUGGACCAGACAUUAAACUUGGAGAUCAAGUUCAGGGAUUCCAUGGGCAUAAAGUAGGGUUUUCUUUUGCAUUUCCCAAAAAAGCAUCCAUCAAACUAGAAUCAUCAGCUGCUGCUUUCUAUGAAUAUAAUGAUGAAACAUCAGCUGAACAUGGACUUAGUCGAAGAAGCCGGUUUGUUCCUGGGCCGGGGAAUCUUCCAGUCUCAUCAGCAGAAGACAUAGCCUUGUGUUUUGAUGAGAAACCUAGUUCCAUUAUUCCACUGAUGGAGAAACAUGAUGUUGACGAUACAGAAUCAACUCCAGCACAAGAUUCAAAUGGACCACCCACUGAAGGGAAUGGGAUACAGCAUUUCCCAGAAUUGAGACACCCUGUUUCUCAUUUAAAAGGGCCUGGAUUUGUUGAUUCGGACAGCUGUGGCACUGAGGUAGAUUCUGCAGCAUUACCUGAUGAAAUGCUAACCAAAGGAGCUUUGGUGAGCCAAACCCUACCUGUGGAAGGCAACAGUAAUGAAUCCACAGGAAAUGAAUGUGUAGUUCUACCUGUGAAUGAAGAACAUUUAUCACAGCACAAUACCCAAGAAGAAAAUGAUUCAAACAUUAGCAAUGAUUCAGUCACUUCUGAAAUUGAAAUUAAAGAAUGCACACCUGAUGGACCAAUUCCAACUAAUUCUGAAGGGGAAAUUAGAACUAUGCCUAAUAAACAAAUCCCAUCAAAAAGGCUUUGUGAGCCAUUUGUUCCUGUACUUAACAAGCAUGGAUACACCAUCCUUCAGUGGCCAUGUGAAAUGUUACUUUACACAAACACAGAGCCAUCUAUUUCAUACAGUUGUAACCCUUUAUGUUUUGACUUCCGGUCAUCAAAAUCAAGUGAAUCCCUGGAAAAAAAUAAACAGCCACCAAAUAUUCCUAAUUCAACCCCGAAGGUUGAGUCUAGCCAGGAUUCUGACUGCAAUCAUCCAAAUGAAUCUCUUUCAGAGAAUAGUGUUUGUGCAGCUGUGGCACCAAUUUCUUCAACAGAGAGCUGUAAUCUUGAGAAAAAACAAGAUGAAUUACCCUUAGAUCCUUCACAGUCAACUGGGAAAAAUGAAACACUUCAAAACAUUCUCAAGUCUGCCGAUGAACAAGAAAGCAAAGGCUGGAACAAAAGGAGACAUGAAAAAAGAUUUUAUAGGAAUAGGAAAAGGAAAAGGAGGAGAAAGCAGUGCUAUCACCAUUAUGAGGACAUGACUGAGCUCACUGCUAAAAUUUCUCCAGUAGCCGACCAGCAAAAUAACUUUAUUGAAAUGGAUAAACAUCAGAAGCUUCACAGUACCUUGGAACAAGGCAUACAUGAAAGUCAGUUAGGAGAUUCAGUUUUGGAACAAUUAGAGGAAACAGACAAAAUUCCUGAGAAGGAGGACAAUGACUAUCCUAGAACUAUAUCUAUAAUUACACAUGUCCAUAGGAAUCAAAGUCCCCAGACAAUUUGCAACACAAAUGACAAUAGGAACUGUUGCAUUAAUUCUAACCAUUUAUGGACAAAGAGCAAACCAAUCUCUUACAGACAAUCAAAUAAAGCGGGAUCUAAUUCUGGAAGCUGCAAUUCAGUGUAUUCUAGACCAUUUUGUAAUUGGACUACCACAAGACAAUGCAGUAGCCCAGACCAUAAACAUUUAAGCCAUUAUCCGGAUAAAAAAUGCACAAAUCAGUCACAACCCAUAAAAAGAGCCUACAAUUCUGUCAUUGAUGAACCAGAAAGAUCCCACAGGAAGCGAAGAUACCAUACCCACUCUUAUUCUUCAGAUGAAAGUUCAGCAGCACAAACAUGUUUUUCAGAGGAGAAUGUCAGGCAGCUAAGCAAACUAGAAGUCGCUUGUAAGCCGAAACGGAAACGGAGGAGAAAAAGAAUCAGGAUUCAUGAUAUAUUUAUAGAGAGGAGACCAGAAAAGAAUAUUGGGGUUAGUUCACCAACAGAAGUUGUGAAGUUUGAGGAUUCCCCCAAUACUUUAACUGAAGAAAAUCCAGAGCAAACGAGUUCCCAUUCCAGUACAGAUUAUGCAAAAAGCAUAGAAAACAAAAUGCAGCCAGUCGGAAGUCAAACAGAUUCACCAUCGGACCAUCUAGUUUCAUCAGAAAAUAUCCAAGACUCAAGCUGUUCCAUCUCGGAGCCUACUCCUUGCCUGGAAGAAUCCACACUUUCUGUUUCUCCUGUGAUUGAACAUAGCAUUUCAGCAACAGGGAAAUCCAAGGAUAUGCCGGAAGGACAAAAACAGCAAAAUGAGAAUGCCCCUGAAAUCCAGGCUCCCCUUAAAACAUCCACCUUUGAAAGAAAUCCAAACCUAUCUCCCCCUAAAGGCUUUCUGUGUCCUAAUGAAGUUGCUGAGGCUGCACCACAGGAGAAGCGAAACCCAUCGGCCAACGAGUGGCUGAGGUACGCCCCGGAUAUAUUGAACAGUAUGCCUCCUUUGCACUUGAAGGAAACUCACAUGAACAGCCAUGCUUUCUUAACCACAGAACAGAUCCUGGCUCCGUUCACCUUCCCUGAACAUGCUCUGCUCUUGCCCAACGAAAACCAUGACAAAUUCAAGGACCUGCACCUGGAGGCCUACCACCAGAUCAUCCAGCAAAACAUGCUGGCGAGUAAGAUGAAGCUGACCUUUCCUCCAGCUGGACUCCAACCUUCCGGUGCUCCUCUCCCGCCCCUCCCCUUGCAACAGCAGCCUCUCUGUUCUACUUCUGUCACCAUGAUCCACCACACUGUUCUUCAGCAGCAUGCAGCGGCGGCGGCAGCUGCCGCCGCUGCCGCCACAGCAAGUACGUUUAAGGUCCUUCAGCCUCACCAACAAUUUCUUUCCCAGGUCCCAGCUCUUUCGCGAGUUCCUUUACCUCAUUUGUCCCUCGGGCCGAGGCUAUGCCCUACAGGCCACACAGCCAUGGUUGGGCCACACCAAGUGCCAGUCAUCCCAGCAUCGAUUCUCCACUCAAGCCAUUUGGCUUUUCCUCCUUUGCCGCACACUCUGUUUCCAUCCCUCCUGUCCCCUCACCCUGCUGUCAUUCCAUUGCAGCCCCUCUUUUAGAACCCUCUGAACAGUUUAAAUGAAAGAGGAAGUCUUAACAUUGAAGGAACACCAAGAGUGUUGAUCCAAAUCCAGGAGAAAUCCCUCUACGAGUAGCCUGAACCUGGAAGGUUAUUGAAGCCUCUGGACUGGGAAUUUAUUUGCUAUUGGGUUAACAAUGCAAAUAUUGAUGUGUAAAGUGCAGAUUCAUAAUAAAGUUAAAGCACUGAAUAGUCUUUAUGUAGAUAUAGAUAUAAAUGUAUGUAUGUAUGUAUGAAGAUCAUGAUUUAAAAUAUGUUAACAUGUAUAUAAACUAUAUUUAUAGUACUGUAAGUUAUGUUGUAAAGUAUGCACCUUGUUUUU